UUUCCCCCCAGUGAUGGUUUGGACACCAAUUAUCUGCACGGUAUUCUGCUCACACCGUACAGUCUAGACCGAUACCCGUACGAGCGAGUGGUUUGCACGAAUCCGGACUCGACCGAGAAAACUGUGGGUGAACGAAAAUUUAUUCAAGCAAUGCCUGUCACUGCUCCUUCCGAAUUGCUGCCUUUCGGUAAACGUAAACCCGGUAAGCUUGAACUAGCUGCGGGUCGUCUAGUUUAUCCACAUUGUGAAUUCUCGGUAUGGGUGUGGGUUGGUGGAAAUGAUCCGGUUCGAACCGUGGGGCCCGGUGCAUGCCAGGAACGGUGUCAUUUAUUUGGACCAACUGGCGACCCUUUAGUGGUUGAUCGCUUCCUCUUUGCUCAAACAUUGCGCAAUCACGCGUUCGAUGAGAAGGAAUUGAAAUAA